CUCCAGCGGGAGGUGCUGCUGCGAUGCUCCGGCCAAGCACAGCCCUUGGGUCACAGCGCGGGAGCAUCUUUCCCUGUUGGCUGCGCUCUCCCAGGCACAGAAGAAUACGGCAGGAUGGAUGUGUACGACCCUCAGACGCUGGGCGUAGUGGUCUUUGGAGGCUUUAUGGUGAUAUCAGCCAUUGGGAUCUUCCUGGUGUCCACCUUCUCAAUGAAGGAGACUUCUUAUGAAGAAGCCUUGGCAAAGCAACGUAAGGAGCUUGAGAAGACCAACCAGCACAAAACAGAGAAAAAGAAGAAGGAGAAACCUGUUGAGAAAAAAGGAAAAGCAAAGAAAAAGGAAGAAAAACCUAAUGGAAAGAUACCGGAGCAGCAAGUUACUCAGGAAGUGACUGACUCUUCCAAGGAUGUGGUUCUUGAGCGUGCUGUGGUGCCAGAGCCUGUAACAGUUGAGUCUCCGAUCCCAGCGGUGUCAGUGCCCCCUCAGGAAAAGGAGAAACCUGCUCUGUCUCCUAAGGAAAAGAGGAAGAAAGAGAAGAAGGUGGCAAAGGUAGAACCUGCUCCUAGUCCAGCACUGGCGUCUGCUCCUGCCAGUGUUCCCAAAGGCUCUCCUGUCUUGGAGGUGACCCCUAAGGAGGUGCCUGUUGUGGCUGUGCCACCAGUUGGCACACAGCAAAGUGCUCCGGUUGUCAGCUCCAUCCCCAUCAAAAAAACUGAGGCUCUUCCAACCCAUGAGGAGCAAAAGCAUGAUGGGCCUGUCAAGAAGAAGGCUGCAUCCAGGAAGAAGGCUGAACCAGCACCUGCUGACUCGGAUGGGCCCCUCUACCUGCCCUACAAGACACUGGUGUCCACCAUCAGCAGCAUGGCAUUCAGUGAGGGGGAGGCUCAGCAGCUCAUUGAGAUCCUGACAGAGAGAGCGGGUAUCGUGCAGGACACCUGGCACACGGCUACACAGAAGGGUGACCCAGUCGCUGUCCUGAAGCGCCAGCUGGAAGAAAAGGAGAAGCAGCUCACUGCUGAGCAAGAGGAUGCAGCUGCUGCCAGAAACAAGCUGCGGGAGUUGAACAAGGAACUGGCAGCUGAGAGGGCCAGGGCGGCAGCCAGUGAGAGCAAGCUGAAGGAACAGCUGGUCACCCGCGAGCGGGAGAUCACUGCUGUCCAGGCACGGAUGCAGGCAAGCUACCAGGACCAUGUUAACGAAACGCAGCAGCUCCAGGGAAAGAUUCGGGCCCUGCAGGAGCAGCUGGAGAAUGGCCCCAACACACAGCUUGCUCGCCUGCAGCAGGAGAACUCCAUCCUGAGGGAUGCGCUCAACCAGGCCACCAGCCAGACGGAGAGCAAGCAAAAUGCUGAGCUGGCCAAGUUACGGCAAGAAUGCAACAAGCUGAUGAAAGAGCUGUCUGAAAAAUCAGAGGUGCUACAGCAAGAGGAGCAGCAGAAAAAGAGCUGGGAGAUCAAAGCAGCAGCGUCAGAGAAGCAGAUCGAGCAGCUACAGGUCAGGCAGGCGCUGCCAGCCUGCUCUACCAGCUUGGGCUUGGUGCCCUGCAGGAGGGUCUGUGCUAGCUGCAGCUCCAGCCUGGGGUGGGGGACAGCUGGCUUGAGCUAACCUGGAGUGUGGGGC